AUGGCUGGAUUCUGUCGAAAGUUCCUUUCUUUCUUUCUUUCUUUCUUUCUUUCUUUCUUUCUUUGUUCUUUCUUUUUUCUAUCUAUCUGUCUAUCUAUCUAUCUCAGUCUGCUCAUAUCUAUCUAUGUCUGUUACCUUUCACAUUUCAUAUUCUUUUUCUUUCUUUCUUUCUUUCUUUUUGUACUUCUAUUUAUUAAUUUUUCUUCGUUUAUCAAUCUGCAUCUAUCUAUAAUUCUUUUUUCUUUCUUUCUUUCUUUCUUUCUUUCUCAAUCUGCUCAUAUCUAUCUAUCUAUCUAUCUAUCUAUCUAUCUGCUACCUUUCACAUUCAUAUUCUUUCUUUCUUUUUUCUUUUUUCUUUCUUUUUCUUUCUUUUUUCUUUCUUUCCUUCUUUCUAUCUAUCUAUCUAUCUCAGUCUGUUCAUAUCUAUCUAUCUAUCUAUCUAUCUAUCUAUCUAUCUAUGUCUGCUACCUUUCACAUUCAUAUUCUUUCUUUCUUUCUUUUUUCUUUCUUUCUUUCUUUCUUUUUAUACUUCUAUAUAUUAAUAUUUUUUCGUUUAUCAAUCUGCAUCUAUCUAUAAUUCUUUUUCUUUCUUUCUUUCUUUCUCAGCCUGCUUAUAUCUAUCUAUCUAUCUAUCUAUCAAUCUAUCUAUUAAGUUGUCUGCUCAUAUCUAUCUAUCUAUGUCUUCUACCUUUCAUAUUCAUUUUUUCUUUCUUUGCGUACUUUUAUUUAUUAAUCUUUCUUCGUUUACCAAUCUGCAUCUAUAAUUCUUUCCUUCUUUCUUUCUUUCUUUCUUUCUUCCUUUCUUUUCUUUCUUUCUUUCUUUGCUGCUUCCUUUCACAUUCAUAUUCUUUCUUUCUUUCUUUCUUUCUUUCUUUUCUGUUUCUAUUCAUGUAUCACAUAUUGCCAAACGAUUGGCCUGACCCAAAGUUUCGGGUCAAAAUGGCCAACGAGAUGGACGCCUAA